AUCCUCCCAAACACCCUCACCGAUUCAGAUCCAGACGUCUCCUCACCAGUGUGAUCCACAGAGCUCACCACGAUUUAUCCAUUUUCGUCGUCGUUGAGCUCAUCCGAAAACCACUGCCGUUGAGCUACUGGAAAGCCAUUAAUUGUUCUUCCACCAUUUGAUACUACCGUAGGGUACAGACGUGAUCGGAGAUCUGUGUCAGCGUCAGAGUAGCCAUUGUAGCUUUGAGCCAUCUCUAAAUCACCUCUACCUCAGCCGUCAGUACAAACUACGCUGCUGCAAAACCGCCAUCUGCACUACAGAAUGUUUGAGUUUUUACCAGAAGGACGAUUUUUGACUGAUUUUGAAGUGGAUGACCAUCUCCUUGGUUCUGGAGGAUUUGGUUGUGUUUACAAGUGUAAGCACAAGCUGGAUUUACAGAACUAUGCAGUCAAGGUAGUCAAAAUUCUGAAAAAGACUAAAAAGAAGAUACUAAGGGAGGCACAGUUCCUAGCUUCUGUUGAGCAUCAGAGCAUUGUUCGUUAUUAUCAGGACGCAGAAGAAGAGGAUGAAAUUGAUACUGACGAAGAGGAGGCUGUGUUUGGGACAGAAGGAAAUCUGCUUUUUUCCGGCUCCGUUGAGAAAGGAGUGGUAUCAUUAUUGUUCAUUCAGAUGGAAUUGUGUCAUGGGAACCUGAGCGAGAAAUUGGAGAAUUUGGUGGACAAUCCUGAAUUGGCUUAUAAUUGGUUUCGCCAAUUCAUGGAGGGAUUAAGUCAUCUUCACUCCCUUGGGAUUGCACACAACGACUUGUCAACGAAGAACAUUUUUUUGGACAAGAAUAAUAACGCCAAGAUAGGGGACUUGGGCGUGGCAAAGGAAGUAGGGUCCACUAUCUUGACCGAAGAUUCAUUGGGUGCUGAGUUGUAUCGUGCACCAGAAAAGAAAAAAGGUGUGCCAAUCAAUUCAAAGAUGGAUAUCUUUAGUGCUGGUGUGAUAUUGUACGAGUUGCUAUAUCCUAUCAAGACUGGGUUUGAACGGUGUCUGCUGUUACAAGCUAAUAGAGAAAAAGGAGAGCUCCCCAUUGAUGGACAUUCAGGGAUUGAUCUGCUUGUGAAGAACAUGGUCUCUCAUCAUCCUAGGGAACGCCCCACAGCUUCUGACGUCUUGGCAUUGCUCCCAGAAAUUAAGAAUGAGUUUGUCGGAUCUUUAGAUCGACGUCUCAGAGGUAUCUAGCAGAUUCUUCACAUGAUUUGGUGGUAAGUGCAGGUUAACUCAGUGGGUCAUGCCUUCUAUUUUCUUUUUCUGUUUCUCCCAGCACAUCUGUCUUUUUGUUGACCAUCACUACAGAUCAACUCUUAGCAUUUAGGGUAAGUUCUGCUAUAUUGGUAUAUGUACAUCUUUAGUUAAAAUGCAUUAACCACCUGGAUUGUGUUUCUUCUAGUCUUUCUUUAUUCAUAUUUUAUUAGGCGGUGCAUCUACAAUUGAGACACCCUAAUUGAUCUUUCGUUUGCACAGAUAGCUGAGAGUGACUGAUGGUGUACAUUAGCCAACUGUACAUUCUCUUUUUA